AUGGAUCGGUUCUGGGUUUUGAUAUUGCUUCAGUGCACUCUUCUUGCUGCUCAAUCUGUCCAAAACCUCGGUGUUUCGUGCAUUGCUAGCUCUCAGGAAUGCGGGCCACGGGGAGGUAUCGGCGACGGGGCUCAUCCUGUAUUGAGUCCUCAAUCGUUCAUUACCGACGCUCUCAUUUCUACAGUUUCCAAUACGACUCGUCAACUGGCAAGUGGCCCAGCACCGGUCCGCUUGUCAGCAUCGCCGAGCAGCUCAUCAUCAUGUCCCCCAAGGCGCCACAUCAUCAUUGACUCUGCCAACGGUGCACAACAGGAAAUGGUCGGAUUCGGACACGCCUGGACUGACAGCGCGGUGAGCGUGUUCAACACCCUGGACAACGCCACCCUGUCUCGUGUCCUGGAGGAUCUUUUCGGGCAAAGUGGCAACAACAUGGGCUUUAUGCGGCAUACCAUUGGCUCCUCGGACCUGUCAGGAGAGCAAUAUACCUACGACGACAACGGGCCCAGCUUCAACGAAGGAGAACCUGACCUCGAUCUGUCGAAUUUCAGCCUUGGACCGCACGGCACCGGACAGGCCAAGAUGAUCGCGCAAAUGGGCACAGUCAAGGGCGAUGUCUUCCUCUUCGGGUCGCCGUGGUCAUACCCCGGAUGGACAAAAUACAAUGAUCUAUUCAUUGCGCCAAAUCUCAACGUGGACGGCGGCGGAAGCUACAACAUUCUCAACAACAGCUUCAAUCCGGUGUACAUCCCGCAAAUGGUGGAAUAUUUCUCAAAGUACGUCGGUGCGUUUCACGACAUGGGUGUUCAAGUCAAUGGCAUCACGCCGAUGAACGAACCGCUCAACUAUCAAGGCGGGUAUCCUUGCAUGCUUCUCGACCCGGUCGAUGCAGCAAGCUUGAUUGCCCAGGGUCUUGGUCAGGCGAUGCAUGAUCGAGGUGUUAUCAUCAUGGCAUAUGACCACAAUACCGAUCAGCCCGUCUAUCCUGCACGCGUCAUCCAAGGUACAGGCGGCGAGGGCUCUCUUACCGAUGCCGCAGCCUGGCAUUGCUAUGCGGGCCCCGUUGCAAACUACAGCGUGAUGUCGGAUUUCCACUAUGCCUUCCCCAACACCCUGCAAUUCAUGACAGAGUGUUCCAACUAUCUGCCACAGAGUGGUAGCUGGAACUUUGAAGUGGCCGCGAAUUUCAUUCCGCCAGUGACGCACGGCGCCUCGGCCGCGGCGAUGUGGGUUAUGGCGACAGACCAGGACUACGGUCCGCAUUCACCGUAUGGUGGAUGUGCCGGUUGCCAGGGGAGUGUGAUUGUGAAUUCCUCGACGCAAUAUACCCUCACAAACGAUUACUACAUGGUGGGCCAGUUUUCGCGCUUCGUCCGUCGAGGCAGCGUCAACUAUCGCAUCCUGGGCGACGGGAACGAAGGCGACGCCAGACAGGACAACCAGUUCUACACCAUGGCGGUGCGCAACCCCGACUCGAGCUGGGCGGUGGUUAUGAUGAACAACAUCGGCAGUGACCAGGAUGUAGUGCUCGGGUUCAACAACGGAGAGACGGACGUGUGGCAGGGGACAGUGCCAAAUGCGACGGUGGUGACGUGGUUGCUCCCGGCCCAAGGUGUCGGCGCUGAGCCUCCUGCUCCUGAUGUUUCUGCCGCUCCCUUGACUAAUGUAUCGGUAUCGAUAUCGGUAUCUGCAACAGCAACGGGGGGUGAACCGGGAGGAGUGUGUCCGACAACGAGCACUUCGUCGAGCUCCAGCUCAUCCAGCAGCAGCACGAGUACCCUCGAACUGGUACCAAACACGACGCAUACGAUUGAAUCGCCUGCGCCGACCGGUAGCAACGGCACCGCUACCGCUUGA